UGUGCUGUCUUUACGACAGUUAUUUAGUUUAUAAUAUUUUCGCUUAGUAAUUCAUUCAAUAGUAUUUUCUAGUUAGAAUUAGGAGUGUUUAAAGUAUAUUCAUUGCAUGUAAAAUAUAUCGGCAUGCGAUGACGUCACAUCCGGUUUCGCCGCGUCUUGUGGGAAAACACCGGUUUGAAAUCAGCGCGAGGGUGGGGGCUUUCCACGAGGCUCACCUGAGCACAAGCAGUUUUGCAGGCAUGAGAAAUCACAGUGAGAGCAACGCUUUUUCACCAUAUGUUAAUGUGAAGAGUGAACAGUAAAUGGUUAAUCUUACUGCGAUCUGGUUUGCAUUGGCUGUGGUUUAUCCGGACGUUAAAUUCGGCGUUUCGUUACACCCGAAGGAGAACGUUACAGUGAAAAAGCGGCAUUAUCAGGUGUUUCAAGUGCUGCAAUGUCAGCUCAAUCCAGCAUCAAGUCGACGCCGCCCAGCGACAGGGGCAGUAAACCGACAUCAAGUAAGCCCACCCGGGCGUUAUCAGGUGUUCCAAGUGCUGCAAUGUCAGCUCGAUCCGGGAUCAAGUCGAUGGCGCCCAGCGACAAGGGCAGUAGAACAACAUCAAGUAAGUCCACACAGGCAAGAGCCAAGGCAGAAGCCGCCAAGAUGCGACUGCAUUACGCCAAACAAGAAGCAGUUUUGAAAAUGAAACAGGCCACCAGAGAAGUCGAAAUCCGGAAAGAAAAGGCCGCCAGAGAAGCCGAAAGGGCCGCCAGACAAAGAGAAGAGGCUGCCAGAGAAGCCGAAAUCCAGAAAGAAAGGGCCGCCAGACAAAGAGAAGAGGCUGCCAGAGAAGCCGAAAUCCAGAAAGAAAGGGCCGCCAGAGAAGCCGAAGAGGCUGCCAGACAAAGAGAAGAGGCUGCCAGAGAAGCCGAAACCCAGUUGGAAAUGACAAAAAUAUCGACAGAGUUGCAUGUGCUGCAGCUAGAAAGAGAAGGAGAAGCUGCCAUGGUGGAAGCAGAGUACAUAGAAGAAGCUGAAGGGUCGCGUGAUCUGACCGAAACAAGUUCUGCUUUAGAAAGGACCAGACUGGAACACACAAGCGACUAUGUACAAUCUCAAAUAGACAGGCAGGCUCGUCUCCCCUCUCCAUACGUAUUCGAUAACUUCCCCAGCUACGAGGAACCUCAGAGAGUCACGAUUGCAUCACAUCCAUACGAGGAAGGAAAUUUACCCUCACGGCUCCGUGAUGAAGUCAAGAAUGAAAGAACCGACAACGCUCCUUCACCCCCACAACAGGACGGCGGGGAGGGAGAGGUUCACUCCAGGACAACAAUUGUCGGCUCGAACUGUACAGAAGUUUGCGGUCAAACUCAGUCAAGCCGUUCUUGUUCCGAGAUCUGCCUCACUGAGGUGUACCCUAAAGAAGCACAACAAGACAUUACCAAGCGUAAAGUAACCGACGAGACGCUAGGUCAGUCAGUUUUCGUUCAAACCGAGGACGGAAACAAACUUGCACAAUCAGCUCAAGAUACCAUUUCUUUAAAACCCAAAGACACCAAGGUCUUCAGAGAUGAAGCAAAUAAUGGGGUUGCCCCAUUGCCUAUCAGAGAACCAUGCCAGCGCUCACCAGAUAACAAAGAGCAGGCAGUCAAACGGUUCACGUCCUUACGGAAAACCCGGAAAAGGAAACCUGAGAUGCAGCAACACACCCGAUUGGCCCACGAGGUACUGUGCACCCUAAUGGCAGAGGUCACAGCCAUUAUAAACGCACAAUCAUUCCUACCUGUGUCUUCUGACCCAGAAAACCCCUUUAUACUUUCGCCAUCAACGCUCCUUACGCAGAAGGCAGGAGCACCUCCUCCACCAGGAGACUUCUCAGACAAGGAUUUGUACACAAAGCAAUGGAGACAAGUCCAGGCUCUGGCAAAUCAGUUCUGGUCCCGCUGGAGACAGAAAUAUCUACCCUCGUUGCAACAGAGACGAAAGUGGACAGAACCCCGCAGGAAUCUUCAAGUUGGAGACUUAGUCCUGCUCAGGGACAAGCAAGUCGCUCGCAACAGCUGGCCAACGGCCAGAAUCACUGCUACAUUCCCUAUCGGGGAUGGACAUGUCAGGAAGAUCGAAUUGAAGACUACCGACCAAGGCGAUGUGAAAAUUUACCAAGGGCCAGUUACAGAAGUUAUUCUACUUCUACCCAAUGACUGAUUAAGAGACUAAGUUUUGUACUCUGCUCAUUGUGACCUUACGAAGGUCAAGCGGGGAGUGUGCUGUCUUUACGACAGUUAUUUAGUUUAUAAUAUUUUCGCUUAGUAAUUCAUUCAAUAGUAUUUUCUAGUUAGAAUUAGGAGUGUUUAAAGUAUAUUCAUUGCAUGUAAAAUAUAUCGGCAUGCGAUGACGUCACAUCCGGUUUCGCCGCGUCUUGUGGGAAAACACCGGUUUGAAAUCAGCGCGAGGGUGGGGGCUUUCCACGAGGCUCACCUGAGCACAAGCAGUUUUGCAGGCAUGAGAAAUCACAGUGAGAGCAACGCUGUAAGUUAAUAGAUAAUCGAUAUAUUGAACUAAGAUGUUAAUGCUGAUCCUGUUAGAGGUAACGACGGUAGAUAAUGUUUAUGCUUUCGUUAGUUAAAGAGUCGCGGAUAGUUUGCAUGGAAGUGUAUUUAAAGUAGUCAAUGGAGCAGGUAAACUCUCCCUGUAUACUGCACCUUAGUGUAAUGUAGUUAUAGUCACCUUUGCAAGUAUUUAC